AUGGAUCUAUUUUUAACAAACUAUCUUCAUGGUAAUUCAACUAAAGUACAUGUAUGUGGUAGUGAAUUUGGGCCUAAUGAUAAGAUAUCCAUCAGUACUACCACUACUACUACUACUACUACACCACGUUGGCUACGAAAGGCUUUACAAUCCAUUGUCUUGUCAGUUCCUUUUCCAGGUGCUUCUGAAACAGAUUUGAUUCAAUCCCUUGAAUUAUCAAAUAUCAAGAUUGAUUUUUCGAGAUCGGGUAGAUUACUUAUAUCCGGUGAUGCCCUUGCUAUUCUUAAAAAGCCUGAAGAAAUGCAAUUUCAUAUGGACGUUACUCAGAUUCAUCCGACUGUAUUUUUAUUUUUAAAUAAAAAUUCUACUAAACCAUUCGCAACAGUUAAACCUGAAGAACCUUGUCCAGCUAAAACUGAAGAAGGGAAUGGAAUUAAUUUACCUUUAGGAAAGAUGAAAGUGAUCUCAACCUUAUCUCGAGCUCCAUUUAAAGUUUUACCCAAUGGUCAAAAGGAUUUUGAAGAGUUCUUGGAUCGAGUCUUUCAUCAAAGGAAAGGGAGAGUUUAUAUCAAAGGUACAUCAGAUGCGACAGUAGAAAGCGCCUUUGGGCACUUGAAUGUCCAUGAUCUUGCGUUUAAUGGAGAGAUUGAAACUCAAGGUUUAGAAGGCAUGCAGCAUCCUCCUCCAAAAGUGAAAUCUUUAUCUAUCAUUGCAGGCUAUAAUGAAGCAUUACUUGCCAACACAGAAAUUGAAAUUUAUAGUCCAUCUAAUGUAAAUAUAAAUUUAGGUGAACUUAACUUGUAUUUACUUUUUAAUGGUCACAUUAUUGGAAAUACAACUAUUCCAGACUUUAUCUUGGCCCCUCAUGUUUAUAACAAUUUGACUGUUUCUGCUUGGCUUUUCGGUAAUGAUGAACAUGUUAUUGAUUUUAUUGGUCAAUAUAUUUCGAAUGGUAUUCACAGCCUCAAUAAUGCCACUCUCACUAUUUCAGGUCAACAUCCAAAUGCUACAAAGUCAAGAUUUUUAAAUAAUUUCAUAAAACACUUGACCUUUGAUGUACAAAUACCACCAUUUGAUAAAGAUCCUUUGUUAGCAGACUGUCAAAUGAAUAUCUUAUCCUCAACGGUAGUGAUGAGUUUAAGGAACCCCUUUCCGGGAGUUCUCAUGACGAUUAAUAAAAUUAAUGCCUCUGCAACGUAUCAAGUAUAUGAAAUUGGUAGGAUGGAAGCUAAUUUUGAAGAUCGUGGAGAAGGCUGGAAAGGUCCUGUUUUAUUACCACCACCUCAUUGUGAUGAUGAUCAUUGUAAAGGAGUUAUCAUAAACUCAGAAAAGAUACCCGUCAUGACAAAGAAACUAGGCUAUGAUGCUAUCAAAAAGGCCUUGGGUGGUUCCAUUAUAGUUUCAGUUGAAAGCCAAGUUAGUGUCAUGAUUGAUGAUUUUAAACUAAAUGAUUUACAAUACCAUCAAAGCAAUAUCACUACUAAAGUGAGAAAACGGUUUUAG